CCAACAACAAACAGAAUUUUCCCGAUCUUCUCUUCUUCGCGUCCGAUCUCCGGCGACGUCUGAUCUCGGAAAAUCGCUGGAAAUGGAAGCUCACGCCUCCGGACUGCGACGCGUCUUUGUCUUGGCCUUCUGCGUCGCCGGGAUUUGGUCAGCCUAUAUCUACCAAGGUGUUCUUCAGGAAACCCUGUCAACUAAGCGAUUCGGUCCAGAUGGGAAGAGGUUUGAGCACCUUUCGUUCCUAAAUUUGGCCCAGAAUGUUGUGUGUUUGAUAUGGUCCUAUAUAAUGAUAAAGCUGUGGUCUAGUGGCAGCGGUGGUGGUGCGCCUUGGUGGACAUUUUGGAGUGCUGGUAUUACGAAUACUAUUGGACCAGCUAUGGGAAUCGAAGCCCUCAAGUACAUUAGUUAUCCGGCUCAGGUCUUGGCAAAAUCCUCGAAAAUGAUCCCAGUGAUGUUGAUGGGUACUCUAGUCUAUGGCAUAAGAUAUACUUUUCCCGAGUAUGCUUGCACUCUCCUUGUUGCUGGAGGGGUAUCUACAUUUGCGUUGCUGAAGACUAGCUCAAAGACUAUUAGCAAGCUGGCUCAUCCAAAUGCUCCCCUUGGAUACGGGCUAUGUUUCCUUAACCUAGCAUUUGAUGGAUUUACGAAUGCCACUCAGGAUUCGAUAAAUUCUAGAUACCCAAAGACAAGUGCCUGGGACAUAAUGUUGGGAAUGAAUUUAUGGGGAACCAUAUACAACUUGAUAUACAUGUUUGGCUGGCCUCAUGCUAUCGGAUUUGAGGCGGUUCAGUUCUGCAAGCAGCAUCCAGAAGCAGCAUGGGACAUCUUUCUCUAUUGCCUAUGUGGGGCAGUUGGCCAGAACUUUAUUUUCCUUACCAUUAGCCGCUUUGGCUCCCUUGCCAACACCACCAUCACCACCACCCGCAAAUUUGUCAGCAUUGUAGUAUCUUCGGUGCUGAGUGGCAAUCCCCUGUCAGUGAAGCAAUGGGGUUGCGUCGUAAUGGUCUUUUCUGGCUUGUCAUAUCAGAUCUACCUCAAAUGGAGGAAGUUGCAGAGAUUGCAAAAGAAGAGAAAGCCCAUGUGAAGAGGCACUCUUACAAUUUUGAAAUUACACAGCCAUCUUUUUUUCCCCCCCUCCUUUUCUCCUUUUUGUUAUAUUAUCAUUGUAGGGCAUGAGAUUAAUGGCCCCAUAUUUAGAUAAUACUCGGGAUAUUGGUAAAAGCAAGUGGACAGGUCCAAUAUUGAGAAAAUAUUUUGGCAUACAAUACUUUUUAUCCAUGUAAACGAGAUUGUUGACCUAUGCAGUUAUCUGAGUGUCUAAAAAGUAUUCACAUGACUGAUA